AUGCAACGCCUUGAGCUAAUCAGCAGCAGCAGCAGCAGCAGCAGAAAAGGCGACUGUUACCACAGCAACGACCGUGACGACCUCGUUCGCUUACUCACAUACGACGUCCUCGGUAUAAUUUUCUCACACUUGUCGUUUCGCGAACGUAUACGGUGCACCCGUGUGUCCAGAAGCUGGCGACUGUUUUUACUGAGCUGGCCCGAUCUUUGGCACACGAUCGCUGAUCGUUAUGUCAACCUCGACACCAACUUGUUACCGUACCUUGCAUAUUUUUCGGCCAAACACGUACGCACGGUUCGCAUACCCGAGUUCAGUCAGCAGUCGGUCCAGUUUUUCAUCAAUCAAUCAUUGGAAGUGCCCUGUCGACCGACAACACUCAUGAGCGUGCAUGAUAUGUUGCUGUUUGCAUGUGACACAUUGACGGAUCUUACAAUCCACUCGGGUGUAGGCGAUAAGCUCUUGGAUACUGUCCUGGACCACUGCCCAAAUCUUAUUAGUUUCCAAUAUUCACACAGUGGUUUUUACAGCUUUCCGCACCGCCAACACCAGCAUCAUCAAGAAACUGGCAGUAAUGGCUUUGAAACAACAGGAAAGCGGUACGCACAGCGACCAGAUUUACUACGACUGGUAUUGGAUAUUCCACUGGAUGAGCAAAGACUCUUAUCCAUUCUGUCGAGCUGUCCAAACUUGCGACAGCUUCAGCUACGCUCAUCUGACAUGCAAUUCGGCUACUUUGACGUUACGUUAAGGUUUAUCCACAGCUAUCAUCGCCAGCUUCAACAUUUGCGCCUUUACGGUGGUAUCGCUGCUGCGCGAUCAUCUUCUUCUUCAUUUCCUCCAUUAUUAUCGUUCCGCCUCAAUCAUCAACACCACGAAAUCACGACACAACGACAAGGUUUACGCGAAUUGUGGCUCAUUGGAACGGACGAAGGAUCCAGCACCCACGUUCUUCCGCUUAUUCAUCAACAUCACACUACACUGACAAGCCUGCAUAUCCAGGGGACACCAUUAACAUCCAAUGCAAUGGCUUGCUUGGCAUCCUAUCGAUACCCAGCACUGACCGGACUGCACAUCCAGUUGACACACUACAGUCCGCUUGCCAGUGAUUUAUGCAGCCUGAUCCGCCAUGCACCCAACUUGACUGACGUUGCCCUGUCCUCCUUUACAGCUACAAACACCGUAUCCGAUCCCGUCUUAGAUGCCUUGCCAUCUGGCAUUCGACAUUUCAAAUUGCUGCAGCGACAGAGUUAUAGCAACAAUAAUCUCACUUCUCAAGCACUGAUCCACUUCCUGCAACGAGCUGGACCCAGUAUCCAAGAAUUUCACUUACCCAAUGUGCAAGCGGUAACUGACAAUGUGCUGGACGUGUUAUCGUCACAACAGCGACACACCUACUCAUUGGAGACGCUGGACGUCCACGGCAACGAGCAGAUAACUAGUGCAGGCAUCCGCCGCCUGAUAGAUAGCCUUGGCGAUAGUUUAAAAUGGAUGAAUUUGGGCCAGUGUCCCUUGAUUACAUUGGAUACUGUGCAAUAUGCUAGAGACAAACUAUCCUCUUCAGCAAAGAUAUACACAUAA